AUGGACACGAAUAUGGAAGACGUCGGACGCGGUCCCGUAGACCUUACGCCGCCUCCGGCCCUGGAGCCAACGACGGUCCCCACGGUGGACGGCUGGAUCGAGAACCUGAUGAACUGCAAGCAGCUGAGCGAGCUUGAUGUCCAGAGACUGUGCGAGAAGGCUCGGGAGGUCCUUCAAGACGAGUCCAAUGUUCAGCCGGUCAAGUGCCCGGUCACGGUGUGCGGUGAUAUCCACGGCCAGUUUCACGAUCUGAUGGAGCUGUUCAAGAUUGGCGGCCCGAACCCCGAUACCAACUACCUCUUUAUGGGCGACUACGUCGACCGUGGCUACUACUCCGUCGAGACGGUGACGUUGCUGGUAGCUCUCAAGAUCCGGUACCCGCAAAGGAUCACCAUCUUGCGCGGAAACCACGAGUCGCGCCAGAUCACGCAGGUGUACGGCUUCUACGACGAGUGCCUGCGUAAGUACGGAAACGCCAGUGUGUGGAAGUACUUUACCGACCUCUUCGACUACCUCCCCCUCACCGCCCUCAUCGACAACCAGAUCUUCUGCCUUCACGGUGGUCUGUCCCCUAGCAUUGACACGCUGGACAACAUUCGCGCGCUGGACCGCAUCCAGGAGGUGCCCCACGAAGGCCCCAUGUGCGACCUUCUGUGGUCUGACCCCGAUGACCGCUGUGGCUGGGGCAUAUCGCCUCGCGGCGCCGGUUACACGUUCGGCCAGGACAUUUCCGAAGCCUUCAACCAUAACAAUGGCUUGACGCUUAUCGCUCGUGCACACCAGCUUGUGAUGGAAGGCUACAACUGGUCUCAAGAUAGAAACGUCGUGACCAUAUUCUCCGAUGCUGACAUCAACAAGCACCAAACUACUGCUACCGCUGCGGUAACCAGGCUGCGAUCAUGGAGAUCGACGAGCAUCUGA